AUGUAAAUUAAGUAGAUUGGGUAGGAGAUAAAGGAUAAAAAUUUGCAUUAUGUAAUAUUGACAAUUAAGAUCUAAAUAUUAAUAUUAAGAAGUCCUAUUGAUGUGCAAUAUUGGUUAUUCUUAUCUCUAUUAAACUAAUGA